UGGUGUAUAGGGGUAGAACCGGAAAGUUGCAGAACGGACUUGGGGUUUCACCCUGUUCUACCGCCGCCGGGCCCGCCACAAUUUGUUGUGCAAUCAACGGCGACCUCAUCGCCGGGCGCCGGCGACGGGACACAACCAGCCAGGCCCCAUCCAGCCGUAAUCUUCUCUGUCGAGACGCUUCCCACCUCCUCCUCUUCCCCGCCCUCCGCUGGGACUGCACCGGCGUGGAGUGGAGAUCCGUUUGGACUUGGAUCGGUUUCUCCAUUUCUUGGCUCUUCUUCCUAGCGCGCAAGAUCGAUCUACCCGAGGUGCUGGGCGUGCCGAACGCGAGCUCCCGUUCACGGAGGGAUGGAUAAGCUGGUGCAGUUCGGGAGGAAGGCGUGGUUCGUGGUGCGGGUGAUGUCCGGCUACGAGGAGAGGAGGAUCCGAUCGUACAGGCUGCAGUUGCAGAAGCGCCUCGAGAUGGCCCAAGCUAGGAAGGAAGAGCUGCAGAAACAACCAGAACAAGUUAUCUUAUCAGAGGUUCGUCAAGUGGUUCAGCAGAUGCAAGCUCUCAAUCAGCAUCUUGAAGAAGCUGAAACUGCUAUUGAUGAAUAUUUCAAACCAAUUGACAAGAAUGCUAAGAUCAUGACAGAUAUGCAGUUGGAGAAAGAAGAAAAGCAAAUGAAGGAGAUGGCAAAAGUUAUGCAAGAGCAAAUAAAAAUGCAAAGAGAAAUCGCAAUGAAAAGAGCUGAGGCCACUAGCAUAGAGUCAAACGAUGCUCAAAUGGGUGAAAAAGUGGCUGAAAGCUCUCCAAAACAAGAAGUUGUAAAAUAGACACUUGCCAAUGUUGCUCUUCUUUUGGGAAGGUAUUGUGGGUGCACAUUCUCUUUGCAUAUGUUCUUAUUGGCUAGGUAAUAAGUAUACUUACUUACAAUGAGACAAUCACCAAUUUUGUGCCUCUUAGAGGCUAUUGUUUUUCUCUACGGAUAACUAUUGGGUUAUACCUUUCCUUUUUAAGUUUUUUU